GACACGAUGAUCAAUUUAGUGGUUCAUCACAUUCCCAUCUGAUAACGGUAGCGCGGACUCCACGGUCGUCGGAAUCUUCACAAUCAGUUCUGUUCUGGUUCUGUUUGCCGUCCCCUCGGGCCAAGUGAGUGGGAUCUAAGGUGAUCCUACGCUGCAGGAUGACGAUGUUCCAACGACAUCGGCAGUCUUCAAACUGGAUUCCGCUGACUUCCUUGGCGGCUGUCGUUGUUCUUCUGUUGGCUUCCUGUCCUGAAGCAGUCUCAGGUGUGACGUCGCGCUUCGACUGUGACAACGGAAACAAAGGAAAUGCUACGGAGAUUGCCCUGAAGAGUGCGCUGCUGUGCGGAACCGGAUACAGCCCGCGGCAGCGACCGGUGAAGAACGUUCAGGACCGCGUCGCGAUGUACAUCGGGGCGGACGUGAUGAACGUGGAGCUGAUCAAAAAUUCAAACGUGAAACUAGAAGUGACAGUGGAGUUGUCGAUGCAAUGGUACGAUGCCUACCUUCACUGGAACAAGAAAGAGCACGACAAGAUCCACACGCUGACCGUUUCCGAUGAGGACAUUUGGACUCCAAAGUUAUCUGCCAAAUCAUUGUUCAAAUCCCGCGUCCAGGGCCUGGGCAGCUGCUAUCAAACCAAGUGCCACCUGAGCUCGGACGGCGAGGUGAUCUACUCGAUGGUGUGCACGUUCGAGAUCGACUGUUUGGACGAUUCCGGCCACUGGGCGUUCGAAACCAAGGGCUGUCCGUUGCGGAUCUUUACGCCCGAGUACGACAUCAACCAGCUGUCGCUGUUUCACUUCCAGCGGCGACUGUCGUACUCGGUGGCCGGCGUGAUGCCGUACAAGAUCAUCUCGUUCCAGAUGGCGAUUGUGAACAAUACGGUGAAUCCGGAGUUUCGGAUGGACAUUGUGGUGGAGCGCAUGAUUGGGCCACAUUUGGUGGUGUUUUUGGUGUUUAUCAUUGUACUGAUCGCGCUCAACCUGUUGAUCACCUGGUUUCGAGUCGAUACUUCUGUUCGGGGUGUGAUGACCGUCACUUCGUUGGCACUACACGUAGUCUACACGGCCAUCUUGUUUUGGUACACCAACACCAAAAUGGAACCUGCGCUGGGUAUGGCCAACCUAAUGCUGGGAUCACUGUUGAUCACGGCGGGCCUGGCCGGUCAGCUUGCCUACUCUUCCAAGAUGGCUAAAAAGGAAAGUAUCAGUGCUCCACGUAUUCUGCAGCUGAUCCACCGGACAAUUACCAAGAACGCCGCCGUCAAACCAUUCGUCAAACUAAGUUACAUCAGCUGGGACAACCCACUGGUUAAGCCCACCACGGAACCGGUUGAAACCGGAAUGACGAACCACGUAGCAGCCAGCGUAACCCAGUCUGACCCGCAAGAUACCAUCGAAAACAACGAAAUCUCCGACGACGACGAAGAAGACGACGUGGGGGAAGAAACGGAUCCGGCCAAACUUCAGUGGGCCGUUUUUAUGCAACCGUUUGACCGGAUCGCGUUCUGCGGCAUCGCAAUUGUCUACGUGGUCAUGUUGCUGGUGUUGUUCCUGGCGUAGAAAAGGCCUAGCUCGGAAUAGAAACGCUCAGCUCAAUUGAAUGAGAUAAUAAAGCCAAUAAAGUAAGAAAUUCCCUCAUUUCCAGUCGAGGAGGCGAGUUUAGAGAAGGCAAAAAAAAGCGGAAGAUG